AUGUCUCCUGCGUCCUCCCACCCCAUAAUUGAUGCUUCCGCGUCCCGGCCCGCCGGGGAACCUGAGAAAAAGUUUGGAAAGGGGUCAAGCGGGGGGGGUUCGGCGACAGACCCAAGAAAUCAAAUUCAGAUCGACUUGACAGCUCUGCGGUACAACGCCUUUGAACCGGCUACUCCGUACUCCACCCCCGAUGAUCAUAUUGAGCAAACUCUGUAG